AUGUUCAAAUUCUUCGCUUUGUGCUUGUUCGCUGUUGUUGCCUUGGCUGCCGCUAAACCCGGUAUUGUGGCUCCUUUGGCUUACUCAGCUCCCGUAGUAGCUGCUGCUCCCUAUACUACUGCUUAUACUGCUCCCUACGCUGCUGCUUACACUACUCCCUAUGCUGCUGCCUACUCUGCUUACUCUGCCUAUCCUUAUGUAGCUUCUCCUUAUGCUGCUGCUUACUCUGCCUACCCUUAUGCUGCUUCUUAUGUCUUGCGCAAGUUUCUAUUUGUUCUAACAACAAAACAACUUUACAAAAACCUUACCAAAAUGUUCAAAUUCUUCGCUUUGUGCUUGUUCGCCAUUGUUGCCUUGGCUGCCGCUAAACCCGGUGUUGUUGCUCCCUUGGCUUACUCUGCUCCCGUAGUAGCUGCUGCUCCCUACACUGCUGCCUACACCGCCCCCUAUGCUGCCGCCUACUCUGCCUUCCCCUAUGCUGCUUCUCCUUAUGUAGCUGCUCCCUAUGCUGCUGCUUACUCCGCUUACCCUUAUGCCGCUUCUUAUGUCUUGCGUAAAUAGAGUGGAAGUUGACAGAGAUUUGGAUUGUUAUAGUUUAAAACUUGUUGAAUUUGAUGACGAAAUAAUGCAGUUACAAUAAAAUUUU